UGGCUGGAUUGUUUUUCUUUAUGAUAUUUAUUUUUAAGACAUUUUUCUUUAAUUUUCAUAUAAAAAACCAAAAAAAAAAAUUAUCUUUGUUUUGGUGUCAUCGACUCCUUAUUUUAUUAUCGAUCCGAAAAUGUCGCUUGAAUUGAAAUGGCCGACGUUUAGGGGGAGUGUCUAGCGGAAAUUGAAUUUCUGAUUGAUUUAUCUCGUAAAGAUUGACUGCCUCUUGUUGAGGCCAGUUUACAUUCCAUUUUCGAAAAGACUGAUAACUUUUUAAUAAAUUGGCCCACGAUGGCCUGGCGUUUUAAAGCCUCUAAGUAUAAAAAUGCUGCACCCAUUGUGCCUAAGCCGGAAGCAUGCAUAAGGGAUGUAUGCGUAGGCUCAUAUCAGACAUAUGGGAACAAUAUUUGCGCGUCUGCGGCUUUUAUGGCGUUUAACUGGGAGCAUGUGGGGUCGAGUAUGGCCGUGCUCCCGCUGGACGACUGUGGAAGGAAGAGCAAAACUAUGCCUUUGCUGCACGCCCACUCUGACACAAUUACGGACAUGGAAUUUUCCCCAUUUCAUGAUGGAUUGCUUUUGACUGGAUCCCAGGAUUCUUUGGUAAAAGUGUGGCACAUACCACCAGAAGGUCUCAAGGAAUCACUCACAACGCCGGAGUGCACUCUGUCACAGAAGCAACGCAGGGUAGAGAAUGUGGGCUUCCACCCUGUGGCAGAUGGACUAAUACAUGUGGCGUCGGGACAUGAGCUUGCUUUGUGGGAUCUGACACAGCAGAAGGAGGCCUUUGUAAACAGGGAUCACACAGAAGUGAUCCAGUCCACGUCCUGGAAGAAAGACGGCAAGCUGGUGGCCACCUCGUGCAAGGACAAGAAAGUGCGCAUAGUGGACCCGCGGGCCGCCAGCCCCGUGCUGGGCGUGGCCAACAGCCACCAGAACAUCAAGGACAGCCGCCUGGUGUGGCUCGGCGACACUGACAGGAUCCUUACCACUGGUUUCGACUCGGCCAGGUUGCGACAGAUCAUGAUCCGAGACAUCCGCAACCUGGCGCAGACGCAGAAGACGCUGGAGCUGGACUGCUCCACCGGCGUGCUGAUGCCGCUGUUCGACGCCGACACCAACAUGCUGUUCCUGGCCGGCAAGGGGGACACCACCAUCCUGUACAUGGAGCUGACGGACCGCGACCCCUACCUCAUUGAGGGGUUGAGGCAUUCCGGUGAACAAACGAAGGGUGCGUGCUUAGUGCCGAAGCGAGCGUUGCGGGUGAUGGAGGGGGAAGUGAACCGCGUGCUGCAGCUCACUGGCUCGUCCGUCGUGCCCAUCAUGUACCAAGUGCCCAGGAAGAGUUACCGCGAAUACCACGCAGACCUGUACCCGGAGACCAGUGGAGCCGUCACCUACCUCAGCGCGCCGAUGUGGCUCGAGCACCAGGACCAUCCCGUGCCCAGCAUCUCUCUGCACCCCAACGCCAACAACUGUACUCAGGUACAUCGGGGCAACCUGGAAGAAUUAGUCAAAGCAAUUUUGUCAAUGCCACCACUUAAGAAAACAGAACCUAAACCAAUAGUGACCCAACAGAUUGAGGAACCAUCGAAACCGGUUCAGAAACCAGUAGCCGAAGAACCGAAAGACGAAGACCGAAUAGAUUUCGUCAACGUUAAAGAUUUAAUAAAAGGAAUGGAGAGGCAGAAACCAGAGCCGAAGGAUUAUUCUAAAGAGAACGGGUUCCACAAGAAGAUCAUUGACAACGGACACGAUUUUGAAAAGAAACUCGAAGAUGACGUUGAAGUUUCCGAAAAGACCGAAGAGAAUUCCGAAAAAACCGAAAAAUUUCUGGAAAAAACCGAAAGUUCGGAUUCGUCGGAGUCGCUUUCCAGGAGUAAUAGUUUGAUCAACGGUGGUGUGGUGCAGGUGCCGAAGCCUUUGCCUCGCUCGUCCAUCUCCGAGGCAGGGUCUGCCGAUGACCACUCCGAGGCGCCCAAACCCAAACCCAGGACCACGGCUGUAGCUAUAUCCGGUUAUAAGCCACGCCUAGGCCCCAAACCGUUCUCGGCGUCGGCCGGCAGCGAGGAGUUCUCCUUCGACAAAGUUUUCUCCGUGCCCGCUGUGCCUGGCCUUCCUAAAUCUGAUUCCGGGCUGUCCCCGGUAUCGGCUCCUGCUCCCUCCACCCCUGUGACGUCGACUCCCAUCGCGAGAGAAGAGGAGAAGGAGAAGUCUCUCACUCCCACCAGCGAUGUUGACGUUGUAGCUAACAAAGAAGAGUAUACAAACGGCAAAUCGGACACGAGCCUGGAGGAGGAGGUGAACUCCUCCGACUCGGGCUACCGGCCCAAGACGCCCAGCACCGCCGAGCGACGGAAGAUGUUCGAGGCUACCGACGGCAACCAGUCUAUCGCGGAGCGUCGGCGCGCGUACGAAGCGCGCUCCAUGAGCGUCGCCGUGGAGUCCGAGGCGCCGCCGUCGCCCGCGCCGCUGAGACGGAGAGACUCGCUGAAGUCCCGCAAGAGCCCCGACCGCGAAGAGAAGAGAUCCUCCGUGCCCAAUGUCACUACUAAGAGGACCUCCACUGUAUUUGGCAAGGUAUCCAAAUUCCGCCACUUGAAAGGCACGCCGGGCCACAAGUCCACGCACGUGGAGAACAUCAAGAACAUCAGCAGGCAGAUAUCCGGAGAGUGCAAUGGCUUCUAUGCAAACGGAAUCCGUUGUGCCGUCCCAAUCGGCGGCGGCGGUGGCGGGGGAGGUCGCAUUGGCGUGGUGGAGCUGCCCCUGGGGUCCACAUCCGUCGCUAAAGCGCCGCCGCCGCACCCCUCCGCGCUGCACCCGCACUCGCUGCUGCACCCCGCGCCGCUGCAGGACUGGACCUUCGACCCCUUCAGCGACCAGCGACUCAUGGUCGCCUGCGAUGACGGUCUGUUGAGGGAGUGGAUCAUACCCGAAGGUGGUCUCCAAGAAUCAACCAACGAGCCAAAGCGAACAUUCUCAGCGCACCCGGACAAGAUCUACAUCGUGCGCUUCCACCCCACCGCCUCGGACCUCCUCACCACGGCCGCCCACGACCUGACCGUCAAGAUCUGGGACCUCAGCCAGGAUGUACCCACGCCGGAGAUCACCUUAACUGGUCACACGGAACAGAUAUUCGCCUGCGACUGGUCGCCUUGUGGGGAGUAUUUGGCCACUGUUUGCAAAGAUGGAUUCGUCAGGAUAUACGCGCCGCGCACGUCGACGGAGCCAAUAAGAAAAGGCGCGGGCCCCGUGGGCAGCCGCGGCGCGAGGGUUGUGUGGGCGCUGCACGACACUCAUCUCGUCGUCACUGGGUUCGACAAAGUAUCAGAGCGGCAAAUUCUCCUAUACAAGGCUUGCGACCUGUCCGCGCCCGUGUGCACCGUGGGGCUGGACGUGUCUCCCGCCAUCCUUCACAUACACAUCGACCAUGACUCCAACACGCUGUUCCUGACUGGACGGGGUGACUCCACCAUAUACUGCUACGAGGUGACGUGCGAGCCGCCCUACCUGUGCGCGCUGUCGCACCACAGGUCCAGCACGCUGCACCAGGGCAUCGCCUUCCUGCCCAAAAACUUGCUGGCCGUCGAAAAGGUGGAGUUUGCGCGAGCGCUGCGACUGACGAAUGGAACCAUCGAGCCGCUGUCCUUCACCGUGCCCAGGAUAAAAAGCGAGUUAUUCCAAGACGACCUGUUCCCGCCCACCCUGGUGACGUGGGAGCCGUGGCAGUCGGGCAGGGACUGGUUGGCGAACAAACCGGUCACGCCUAAAAUCGUCAGCCUACAGCCACCCGGCAUGGAAGCAUUAUCGGCGCAGCUGGCGGCCGCGCCGACGCCCGCCAAGGAGAAACCCCUGCACAAGCCGAAGCCCGACCUCAUCAAGUCGCACGUGCCGCAAGACCCCAAGGAGAAGCAGGAUAGUAUAAUGAAAGCGAUGAGCGCGAAAGUGAAGAUCGACCUCAAACUGGAACAAGACAGCAUGGAGGGCGUCGACGAGGCGGAGUGGGACCAAUGAGUUGCGCGUCUUUGUAUAGAGGCUUCAUUGUUCAACGGCGCACGUUCCUGCGCUGGAAGUAUUUGAUUUUGUAUUCUAAUAGCGCUCAUUCUGUUGUACAUAAAACCUUUAAAAUGCAUUGUCGCUUUCUCGGCUGCUGCAGAACAUCGAAAUAAAGUCAGAGUCAAAAUGAACCUAAACUAGAUUGUUGUAAAAUUUGUUAUCCUUUUCACGAUGUAUACUGUAGAAAAAGACGGCAAGCGCAAUAACCUACGUCAGCGUCACACUUUUCACAUUUCUAAGGGAGUAUUUUGUAUAGAAAGCUUAGUUUUAGUGAAAAUGAGCCUAACUAUGAAAAUAAAGCGCUCCUAUUGGUGAUGCAUCGUCUCACAUGGUAAAAAUGCAGCCUUGAUAGUUUCGUCACUUUAGGCUUUGUGUACAUCAGGAUUGGACACAAUAUCGUAUUCGUAAUUCUUUUUUCGCGUAACUGACGUAUUUACUUACGUCAUAAUGUAUUAUUUAAGUACGGGCCGAUUUUUUAAUCGAAUAAAUUUUACAUUUUGACAGAUCUCCGAUGCAAAGACUGUAAAAAUGUCAAGUUCAUUUGCCAGUUAAACAUUUGGGAUUGAAAAAUCGGGCCGGAGUAUACCAAUAUUUAGGUAGUCUAUGAACUUUGUAUGUGGCAUAAAAACACAAUACAUGUAAGAAUGUAAUAAAUAACUCGGUGCGAUUUAUGUAACUAUUUAUUGCGCUAUAUUUGCGUGAAAUGGCAUACGGCUUUUAUUUGAAUUCGGAAAGGUUUACACUUUUGCAGUGUACGAUUAUACACGGUAACUUUUGCAGUGUAUAGCAUUAUGGGGCAACUUUUGCAGUGUACAUCUGUAGUACAUGUAAAUUUUGCAGUGUUGAUGAUAUACGGUGACUUUUGUAGUGUACAAUUAUACACAGUGACUUUUCCAGUAUACGACUGUACACGGUGACUUUUGCAGUGUGCCUACGUUUAUUUCGGGUCUUCCUUAAAGUGAAAUGAAAUGAAAUAAAUUGAAAAUGAAAUGAAUUUAUUGAUUUUCUACUUACAUGUCAAAAAAGACGAGUAAUGUUUUUACGCAAAUAUGCCGCAAAUAUAUGUUGUAGGUGCCGCCUUAGUCCAUAUCCACACAGGAUAGCCCCAAGUCCUACACUAGGUUAUAGUUAGCGAGUAGCUAUGAGGUAUCUAAUCUUAGUUCCGGAUUACAUUUCUACCCACAUGCCAAUAUUUUAUACGACCUUUUCUACUAUACAAUACACAAUGUACUCGUAAGACUCACCUAUUUCUAGUUUCAUAGAUAAAAUUAACAAACGCACAGACAAAAUUCCUUCUUCCUUAAUUUUAGAUGAAAUUAAAAUAAAAUUUAAUCUGACAUACCUUCUAAAGGUGCACCAAUGCAUGCAUAAAAAUGGUGAUCACUCACAGUAUCAGCUCUGUGUCACUUGUCAUGUCAAAAGUACGCUUUACACUUAGAUAAAGGAUUAAAAUCGAAUUUUUGACGUAACAAUUGAUCCACAGACCAAAUAUGGCGAUUGCCUUCUCAGAAUGUAUCCACUGUAAAACGGUUUUUUAAAGUAUUUUUUAAUAUUUACGUGGAUAUUAGAAAUCUAUUUUAACUACAACUUUCUGUUGGUUAUUGAUUUUGUACAUGUAAACUGUACACUUUUUUUUAAAUUGGAUGUCUAUGUUAUUAACAACUUUUGUAAAGGCUUACUUUUAUGGUGGCGUUUUUAUAUUGAGCAUAAACAUAUAGCAAGUUACAAAUUGUUGCUUAAAUAAACCUUAAUGCCAUAAGUUACAAAAAAUAUUUUAAAUAAUUAAGUUUUAGUAACGAUAUUGUAGAAGUAAUUUUGUCUAUGUAACAUAUGACUUCAUUUAAAGCAAAGAUUUUCGAUAUGAAAGUUAAUAAUAUCUACUUUAAAGUGACUAUCAAAUCAUUUUAUACAAGGAUUAGCAAUUUUGUUUUCUCGAAUAGCAAACAUUUCUCUAGUUUUGGUGCUCUUUUAUAGUCUUGUUUUAGCAACUAAAUAGUUAUGUAACUAAUUUUGCAUUUAUUAUGAAUUCCAUAGACCAAUGGUGUGCAUUUUAUAAAAACAAUUAAUGCAAUGUUGCUAACAGUAGGGUCUUCGACUGUAGGAAUAAAAUGAUGUGAUGCUUUGUUUUGCGGUCCUUUCUAUUUUUUUAACAUAAAAUUUGUUAAAAAAUUUAAAAAUAUUUGUCGUUUAUCGCCUUGUGAUGUCAUUGAUCGCCUUCCAAACAGCGUGACGUUAAUAAUAAUUAAGCCAAAAAUUUCGAAAAAUCUAUUUUUUUUUAAAUUAUUUUCUUCAAUAACGAAUUCUAGCCUCACAAACAUACCGCUAUAAAAAAUACCACAUCAUAUUAUUAGUACAAUCCAAGACCUUAUUGCACGGGUUAGACGAAUCGAUAGUCACCUCAUUUAUCCAGCCGUUGGGAUACUUGGAAGGUAUAAGAAUUCCACAUAAUAUUAUAUACUCAGAUAGGCGUGAAAAAUAAAACCCUGUGUUUUGGUAGAAAAUUUUAAAAGAAAGUGGACUGUGAGACAACUGUAUAAAUGAUAGACAACCCAUUCUUUUGUUUGAAUUGAUCAUACUACCCGUGCAUUAUGGAUAUUAUCCUGCAGGGAGCAAGAGAUUAUGCAUGUCAUAUUCUCUCGCUCCAUGUAUUCUGCAGCAGGCUGGUGGUGUGAGACCGAUCUCAAAAGUCGUUGUGAUCUCAGCGAAAACGACCAAACAUUGUCUGUGACCUAGUUACGCUCAUUCAUGUUGAUUAAAUGCUCAUAUUUAUUGCACGUUUUGGAUGUUGAUUUUUUUUUUGAUAAAGGCGUUGACAGACACGAAGCGUGAGUGCAGCGAUUUUCAAUAUUAGUGUGGUACAACUUUACACUAAAUGCGUGCAGAACUGUAAUUCCGAGUUCUAUAGAGCGAAUAGUGCAUACAUUUUGAGAACGCACUCGUCAUAUUUUGUCUUGUGUCAAAUGUCAUGUCAAAAGUACGAUUUUAAUUUAAGGGUAAUCAUGGGGUAAAUUUUGUUAUACAUGACAUUUGACACAUAAAGCAAAUAUUACGAUUGCAUACUCAAAAUUUAUGCAAUUAUGCUUUGAUUUUGCUCAAACUGAAGUUUUAGUAAAAAGAGACAUAUUUAUGGCAGCGAUAUAACGCUGUCUCGUUUUAAUUAAGUCAAAGUGUACUCUAUACAUCUCACCCUUAAAUCACGUAAAGAGAAACUUGAGUUUUUAGAAGUGAUACUUAAGUUAUUAAUUUUUUUUGCCCAACCAAGACAAAGGUGAGGUGUCCUCCAUUGUUGGUAGCGCGACUGGUUGCAUCUGCUACUGAUGUCACCAUACAUCUGUAGGCAUUUUACUGGUAGCGCGACACCACCGCCACUGGUGUCCUAUUGUGAUAGUACCCUUACACCCUGUCUUCGUGGACCGCUGCAGUCUCGCGUUGCGUCUGACAACACUUUAACGAUAGAAACACUUUGGUUACCACCGGAAUCAAGUAUGAGGUAUUGCGAAUGUGUUGAUGCCUUUAAAAUAUUCAAUGUCCAAUCCAAUGUAUUAAUAUAAAUGACAUUCCUACGUUUGCCAUGAUACAUGCAUUUAUUUAUACUCUAUGUACUUUUUGUAUUUAAUUAUUAUUAUUAAUAGUAAUACAUAUUGCAUAUAGAUAAGGGAAGUAUAGGGCACUCCUAUGUAUUAGGGAAUUGACAUAUUAUUAUUAUAUAAAGAUUAUUAUUAAUGUAACCAGUUUAUUUGUAUAAUCAGUGGUGCUGAUUCGAACGAACCAUAACUGAAACAAAUAGUUUACUUGUUUCCUUUAGGAAGUUUUUGUUACGUAAAAAUAACUUUGAUUUUAAGAGACCUUCGACGAAAAUUUUAAUUAAUUUAUCAUAAAUUACUGCCAAAAUUAAUAAAUCAAUCCUAUCUGAAAUCUGCCGAUAAGUAACUUAGCAACUUAAUCAUUUGUGAAAAUCGUAUGGUCUUUUUGGACAAAUAACGUUGCUAAGUUGCUUAUCGACAGAUUACAGAUAGAUUAAUUUCGGCCAUUAAGUCAGCCAUCAAAAGAUUAUAUCGCCUAUCUAUUAAUAUAUGGCGACUAGAUCACACUGUCCUUUUCUUUCUGUAGUGGAGAGAAAGGGACGCACUAUGGUUUAGUUUUGGUCCGCACGAGGCGCCGUACGUGUAAAAAUUGAUAUAAAUAAAAUAUAAAUGUAAUAAGUGAAAGCGUUUAGUACUGCUAGAUGCCAUCGUCACCGUUUUGCUCAAAACGCCAAAGAUUUAUAUCGAUUUAGUAUUUUGUCAACAUACAGCAAGCUCACUUAGAAAUGAAAUUAAAUAGUUUAUUUGUUUCAAUAUGAAAUGACAAGGUGUUUACAAUGCAGAGUUGAGCCAACACAUCCAGUCAGGAAACCCUGAAUCAUGUAUAGUUGACUUGGCAAUCGGGGUACGAGGCGGGGGGGGGCGCGCCACGCACACCCGCACCCCGAUUGUAAUCUCAAACUGUCGCGAACUAUACGUGCUUUUGGCUAUACUGAACCUUUAUACAGUCGAGGCUAAAGGUGCGGACAUACUGAUGAGUUGUGUUGCAACGUCUGACUAAUCGUAGCGUACCGUGAACGAAACGUUACGUCUUCAUGUAAAAUUAUGGCUGGAUCGUACUUUAACUUUGCUCAGAAUUAAGUUUCAGUCAACACUAGACAGAUUAUUCUACAAAGUAUCUGAAACUGAUUGCCUUAUCUGUCGCAACACAGUAUAUAGUGAGUGUGCACCCAUAGACAAUUAUGUUUGACUAAAAUGAAAAACGAAUCUCAAUUUUUUGUCGUGAUUAAAUAUUUUUCUCUUUAUAUUAUUGUAACAUAUGGAAUUUUUUAUAUUACGAGUUAUAAUACGCGUCGCUAUGCUUUAUGUAAUAGGUUAGAAAUUUUGUAUAAAUCGGGCCUGCGAUGGUUCUUCCCCUGGUGUAUCUUUUUUGUACAAUUUUGUCGACCAGAUUUAGUGAAAAAUGUCAAUAUUUUGUACGAAAAUGUCAUGAUUUGAUAACUCACAAUAUAGCAGUGUUUUUGUUUUAACUUCAAAAUUUAAGCGUCAUAAAACCUGCGCGACCAAAGGGACUACGAAGCGGGAAAGUCAGCCGCGCGGCGGUUGUCUCCACGACAUUUAAUGGCGCUAAGCACACCUACGCGACUGUAACAGCCGUAUAAAUGUGCCGCAUCGCGUCCUACAAUCCCGCGUUUAUAACGCGUAGGUGUGGCCGCAGAUUUACACGGGAGGGCUAAUACGAAAGUCUAUAUACACAAAAGGAAAAGUUGACUAACUGACUGAUCGAUCAACGCACCGCUCAACCCGGUCGGAGCGAGCUGAAAUUUGGCAUGCAGAAAGCACAUAGCCAUUAUGACGUAGUCAUCCGCUAAGAAAAGAUUUCUGAAAAUUCAACCCCCAUAAAGGGGUAAAAUAGGGGUUUAAAAUUUGUGUAGUCCACGCGUACGAAGUCGCGGGAAUAAUUUAGUAUCGAUAUUCCUUUGCAAUAAUCGUUGUAAUUGGCUGAAUUUAUGAUAUUAUUGCUGCAACUAUACUUUUCAGCCAACAGUGAGAGUGUCAGGAUUGCGACAGCCAAUCAGAAGUGAUUGCCACCUUAUUAGAGCUUUGGUACUAGAUUUUAAACUACUUUCAAAAAACAUGAUAUUCAGUUACAAAUAAAUUGACAGUUUAACGCCAAAUCUAGUGACGAGUUUAAGGUGGAAAUAUAUUUUUGAAACGCUGAUACUGAGAUUUACCGGCUCGGAGCGUUUUAAAAGUAUGACACCAUCUUUGUAAAAAGGUUACACUAAAGUGUCGGGAUCGGCAAUGAGUGGUCGACGUACAUACGCUUUCGUAUUACUUAAAAUAUUGUAUAGAUUGUAAUUUUAUUCGCUAGUCAAGUUAUUCUUUAAAAUCUAUCCAUUUUUAUUCUAUUACACUUUACGAUGUAGUAAAGAUGCAUACUCUUUUAGUUAAAGGCUUAAUAUUAAUUAAUUCAUGUCGAAAAGUUUGCAAGAUUGUGGUUAAGGUGGAUUCAUUAUGCGCCGUACCCGGAUCGGACCAUGUCUAGUAUGAAUUUGUUCGCACGACUAUGUUAUAAAUGUGAUGUGAUCUGUAGACUUACUUUGACUUAAGACACACUAAAAACAACAGAUCUAGGUGUAAUUAUUCCGUUUUGUUUAAUUCUAAUAGAGCGUACCUACUUUACCUUUGCUAAGUCCGUACUUAAGUUAAAACGAGACAGACUUUAACUCUAUCUCGUUUUUAAGUCAAAUUAAGUCUAUAGUUUCGUUUAGGUUCAUUCAUGGUUUAACAUGAAUCCACCUUAAUGUUGCAAAUUUUUGAUUCACUCAAUUCUUCCACUUGCACUUUCUUUAACGUUAACUGGCUCUAAGCUGCAAUCACAUACAUUGUAAACACAGUUUAGUGAAUGUACAGUCGGGAAACGAUCAUACAUUGCGGACGACUGGCCUUGCUAGUCCCCGUCGGUCAAAACUGCAAACAUGCAAGUAUGUUCAUUUCUAAACUGUAUAAUCGCUAAAUUGAGAUUGUAACGCACCUUUGGUACUAACGAAAUAGAUAAAAAAACGUAGUAACGCAAACUAAGCUCAAUUUUAAAAUUAUUAUCACUAUAAAAAGUCUAUUUUAUUAUUUAUCUGUAAUAAUGAAUUUUAAAAGGGUUAUAAUAUCUAAAAAACAUGGGCAGUUUCUUUAACUUAUGAAUUUAAAAACUUCUGUACUAUCAAAAAAAUGUGUGUGUGCAGUUCAGACGCGGUAGAAAUGAAACCUUCAGAAAACUAAACUUGGAAACAAUGAGACGAAUGCAGAAUAUGAGGAGUAGGAUAAUGUAGUAGGGUUUACCUAUUAUGAUAUUACUAAGUACCAACUUUAAUCGUUUUUACAUAUUUUACUCUACAUAUUUUACGUUUCAUCGACUUCAAAUCGCAAAGAUACCUAAAGAAAUUUUCACUUCUAAAGUCAAUCUAUCUAACGUUGUUAUUAAUUGUCAAAGAACUUUUUGACAUGAUUCCUUCUUCACCUUCGUAGUAUCGUACCUACUGCAAGCAAGGUAUCGUCAAGGUUUCAUCAUAAUCAGGCCUUCCUCCCAGAAUAGGAAGGGCUUAGGUUAGUGGGAUACAAAGCUAAACAAAAUAAAGAAACUGCCCAAAUAAUUUUAAUUUCAGCACAAAGUUGAUACAUACCGCUCUCUUUCACCCCCGUACCAAAGUUGUGAGAUGACAAUAAUUAUUUUGAAAUUCUCAUGAUGUUUUCUCUAAUUUUAUAACUUUAGUCAUAAGACCGUAAUAAGUUCUUUUUAAUGUAAUUUAUUGUCCGGAGUGUGAUUGCUACAAUUUCGAAAUUUGGUGCCAAUACCUACUAUGUAAUAAUUUCCAAAUUUUUAAAAAUUGGCGUUUUUUUUUUUACAAAAUGAAAUAUUUUGCUGAUGAAUUAUGUAUUGAUUUAACUGUUUUGUAGCAUUUUUGCUGUUCAAUUUUGGGAGUAUUUAACGUUGGUGUAGCUCCCGGCAAACAACUUGAACAUUGAUGCAAUUGGCUGACCCAUGGCGAAUGCAUGCGAUUGGUUGAUCAGUCGGCGCGGAUGCACGCCAUUGGUUGAUAAGUUGAACCCUGCCUUCUGGAUUCGAUUUCCUCACUAAGCCGGUUAGUGUUCAACUUGUUUGCCAGCCACUAUACUUGAAUUUUUUCGGUACCUACAUUUUUAUCGGCAAAUGUUUUUGUACGAAUAACGCAAAGAUCGUGGGUGUAUUACGUCGCUGUAAAAUCAAGAAAUUUAAAGACCUUAUUUUUUCCCAAAUUGUAAUAUUUCUGGACACUUACAUCCAAACUAAAAACGUUGAUGUCAAGGAUUCUCCUAGAAUACAUGCUGUCAAGGAGACUCUGGCCUUAAACCUGCGCAGAAGGUAAUUUAUUGAUCUAUUCGGUGGUACGAAUUGCCGAACGACAAAAUGCCUGCACCAUCGCGCUAUUGGUUUGUCAGUAAACCUUUCUCAUAGAAAAGUACAGUAUCCAUGGACAUUAAUGGGCCUUUUUAACCGACUUCAAAAAAUGUAGAGGUUCUCUAUUCGUCGGAAUCUUUUUUUUACGUGAUGCCACCUGCCAAUCUGGUAGAAUUGAGCCUAGGAGGGAAUUAGGAAAGUGAAUUUUUUAGUGACGUAAUAUGGCCAUGUUCUCAUUAAGCCUAGCCUAACAAACGUCAACCUCGCUGUGGUGUGAACGCGUGUUGGUAUUUUUGGAUGUGAACCUACAGAUAUCCCUAGCGGUAAGAUUCAAUAUUUGGAGAUAUUUUUAUUACUUUGCAUUUUUUUAUUAAACUCUUGCUAAAUU